AGGGGUGAUACGUGAUAGUGCAGCCAAGUGCCCCCCGCGCGCUUCUGAGACGGGCAGAAACUAUGCACCCGAUACCCGUGUGCAUUGUCCCUUCCUAUCCUCUUACCGCAGCAGCAGAACAAGUCGCCAUCUGGACACAAGGUUGAGAUCCCUGCCGCUCGCGGAGAUCUCUCCUGGCUUGAUGGCUGGCGCGAAGGACGGCAAAUGGGAAGCCUUCAGGAUGGUGAAAGAUGACAACGUAGAAGGCUUGCGGGAUAUUUUGUCGAGGCACCGUCCUGAGGAGUGGUCGAGCUGGCAAAACUACAGCGGCAAAACGCUGUUGCAGUUGGCUGAGUCCGAGCACGAGCGCGACUCGGCUGGUAUUGGCGACUGCCUCGCGUAUUUGACAGAGCGGUUUGCAGGUGCUGCCAGUAUUUUGAACCAGGCCGGGGCCAAUGCAGUGCGAGCGACUGGCAGGGCGGAGCCCCCGUUCAGGCAGCCCGUUUUCGCCGAGCCCGUGACCAUUCCGAGCGGGCAUCCCGUCAUCACCGAGCCGAUGGCCAUGCCAACGCCUACUGUGCCGCAGCCGGUCUUUACAGAGCCUGUCUCUUUCCCGAGCCGGCAGUUGGUGAGUUCCGAGCCGGUAGCCAGGCCAGAGCUUGUAGUGCCCAUGCCAGUCCUGGAAUCGCGGCAGGUGGUCUCGGACACACAGGUGGUGCACCCCCACGUCGUGGAGAGGGUCGUGGAGGUGGUGGAUGUGCAGGACACUCCCGUGAUCGUGGAGGUGCCGCAGAAACACACCCACACGAUCACAAGGGAGAUCCCGCGCGUGAACAUACACGAGACCACGGAGGUCCACGAGGUGCCUGUGCACCACAGGGAAGAAGUUCUGAAUGUGACAACGUAUCCCGAGAUCUCGUACCGCAACGAGCCCCGGGUCACUGUCCACGAAAAGGUCGAGGUUGUGGCGAGACCCAUCCAAAAGGAAACGGAGGAGUUCGUCGAGGAGUUUCAUGCGCCUCCAACGGUGGAGACGCAGAGGAUGCUCCUCCGCCCAGAGCCGCAGCUGGUCCCGAUAAUGAUGAAGGUGGACCCGCAGGUUACCACACAAGAGGAGACGAAGGAGUACGACUUCAACUACCCCGUGCGGCGCACGGAGGUGCUCCUCAAGCCAGAGGUUCGGCAGAUUGUCGUGGAGCGCACCGUCGCCGCGAAGGAGGAGCGGAUCAUCGAGGUGCCCGAAACCCAGACGCAGACUCGCGUGGUCGAAGUGCCCGAGGUGACCACGAUCCGGAAGAUCCAUCACAUACCGGCCUACCACCAGAUGGAGACGGAGUGGCGCCCGCCCGAUCGGCCGCGGGACUCGCGGGAGCCCGUUGCCCGGCCGCGCGGGCCGGUUGCCACGGGCGGCGGCGUGGGGAGCCAGGCGUUCCAGGGGAUGUCCUUCGACCAGAUAUCCAGACGCCGACGGCGACGGCGUGAUCACGCGCGAGGAGCUCCGGUCGGCCAUGGCAAGGCCCACCACGGAGGACCUCGACGGCGACGCCGGCGAGGCGCUGACCGCGGAGCUCCAGCGGAUGCGCGACCUCCACCGGCAGCUGGAGGAGGAGGGCGUGCAGCUGCAGGAGGAGCUGCGGCGGCGCCAGGCGGAGGCCCAGCAGCUCGUGGAGGAGCUCACCGCGGAGCGGCGGCUGCGCCAGGACCUGGCCGUGCGGCUGCGCGCGGAGCCGCAGCUGCGCUGGGCGGCGCGCGCGGCGCCGCCCCCUCGGCCGAGGAGCCGCCGGCCGAGGAGCCGCCCCCGACGCCCUCGCGCGCCGCCCGGCCGGUGGCGCCGGCGCUGACGCCGUCGCACCACGGCGGCAGCCCGCCGGACGAGGGGCGCCGGUCGCCGCUGGGCCAGCGGGGCAGCGGCUCCCCGCCGUCGCUGGGCGGGGCUCCAGCUGGUGGCCACGGCCCCCUGGCCAGCUCGGUGCGCAGGGGCAUGGAGCAGUGGCUGUGCGACUCGGCGGCGGCCUGAGGCCGCGGACAUUAUUCCCCCUCGUCGGCUCUUCGCCUCCUGUCGUGCCCGUCUCCGCCUCCUCUCUCUGCUGCCUCCUCCGCCGCCUCGUGUUCCUCGUGCUCCACCUCCACCACCUGAUCCUCCUGGGGGCCCUCCUCUUCCUCCGUCCUUCCGGGGUCGACCUUGUCCCGUGAGAUGGGACGCUGUCCAGACCUCUGGCGUCGCGUCUUCAUGUCA